AUGAAUGCCGCUGCAUGGGCUAGCAAUAGCAACAAUGCGCCUCAUAACAAUGGCAAAUCUCCUCCUGCCACAGGAGAUCUCUCAAACAUAAUCACCAGCCGAGACUUGGACUACAUCUACAAUGCACUCUCCAACACCGAUACCCAGAUGGUCUCUGUCGCUGUCGGCCUAUCACGUGUCCUCUCGGUGAAUCAUCACGUAUGCGCUACUGCCCUGGCUGUCUUGCUCAAAGAACGGGUGUUGUUGCCAUCACCUAUAUUGAGGAUCCAAGCUCUCUUCCUUCUAUGGUAUUACUUUCGAACAACACCCGUAUCCCAGCACCCAUUCCUGAAAACAUUCCUGGACUACUCGGAUCAGUCCACGGAUGGAAUGUCCAACAAUCUGGCUAUAUCCUGGUGUGAGAGAUGGGUCGUGCGCUCUAUUCUCUAUGAGGAAUACACUCCUUUGGCAUCAGUAUCAGCACGCUCCCUUAUAGAACGCAUAACACCUUCUGAAGCAGUCAGAGCAUUACUCGAUCCAAAUUAUCCGUCACUGCUUAAAGAGAUGCAGGAGCAAGUAGACAAGGAUGCUCGGAACCUUGCUCCUGGGUUUAUGCUGAUAUCUCCUGAGCCUGGCGCACGCGAACCAGCCCUAGUCGAAGCCCUAACAGCCGCAAAACAAUUAUUCGAAGCCGUAGGCCCCGGCAACCAUUCUCAGCUCCUCGGGUUCCAACCAAAUGUCGAUCCUGGUCCACCACCACCACUGUCAUUCACGAAUCAAGUGAUUUGGAUUGAACCGAAAAUGCCGAUACAUCAGUUAGAAUGGGAUUAUAAUUUAGGGAUUGAUUUGGCCAAGAGGGAUGAAGCGAGAAAGUUGAUCUUGUUGGGGUAUUCCGUGCCGUUGAGUAUUACGCAACUACAGAAAAUUAUGAGACAACUAGAACGGCAUCCGAAACUAGUGUUUGAUUGUGGUCUAUCACCAGACAAGAUACCGGAUUUGGUUGAGAACAAUCCUAAUGUCGCUUCUGAAGUCUUGAUUCGGUUAAUGGGGUCUGCCAAAAUCUCAGAGUAUCUACAAGUACUAGUCAAUGUCAACAUGUCCCUCCGAUCCAUGGAAGUAGUGAAUCGACUGGCCACAUCAUCAUCUGGCGUUCCCCCUGAAUUCAUUCACUUGUAUAUAACCAACUGUAUUCAGAACUGUGAAACUAUUCGAGACAAGUAUAUGCAGAAUCGGCAAGUUAGAUUGGUGUGUGUUUUUUUGCAAUCCCUCAUACGUAAUCGCAUCGUCACGACCAAUGACGAUCUGGUCGAGAUAUCGACAUUUUGUGUACAGUUUUCGAGGAUUCGAGAGGCUGCGGCCUUGUAUAGGCUGUUGAAGAAGGAGGAAGUCAAGUGA